AAUUAUGUGUUGUUUUGUUUCUGUUCAUGGAUGUAUUUACGGUUUACACAAUAUUGUAAAAAUACGUAUACGCCGCUUGGGUCAUGCACGAACAAGCAAACAGCCAGCGUACAGUGCGGCUGUGGCGGCGGCGGCGAUGAGCAAUGCUUGAUGGGCAAGCGAUUAAGCACCAUUAAAAAAGCGUUUUAUGGUUUGGUAAAAAUCGCGAAUAUACAACGGGGGCGAACUCUAUAAAAUCAGUUAGUUCCGGAGGUUUUGCAUUCAGUCAGCGCUCGAGGAUUACACACAAACCAACCACCAAACAACAUGUCAGCAAAAACUACAAGAGCUUGCCUCUGGCUGGGACUAGUCCUGUGGGCCACACUUCUGCAGAUGGUUCAGUGUCAGUACUAUGGAUAUCCGUACUAUGGUGGUGCAGGUGCCGGCGCUGGAGCGGGAGGUGGCUUUGGAAAUGGUUAUGGCAAUGCCUAUGGUUAUGGUUAUCCCAGCUACGGCGGAUAUCCCUACUACUCAUAUCCAAGCUACAAUCCCUAUUCGAUAUACGGCCAAUAUGGUCAAUACGGUCAAUCGCAAUUUGGCUAUCCCGGCUACGGCGGCUAUCCGUACGGCGGAGGCAACGGAAUGAACACGGCGUAUGCCAGCAGCAGUGGCGGCUUUGCCACAGCCAGUGCGGGGAACGGCGGCUACUACGGCUGAUCCUUGAGUGAUAUAAUCAUCCUAAGCUAGUU